UAGUCAGGGCGUGUUUAUUAGGUGACUCCACGUUCUGACGAGUACAAACGACGCUCGUAAGUGUUUGGAGUUGCGGGUGUGCCCCCAGUGCUCCCAAAAAUCGAAACAAUGUGUGCUUGACCCCAUAAAAAAAUUGAUAAACAAAAUUCCCCGAAUUUAUUUGGCUUCAAAAGCCUUGAAAACGUUGAGUGUCCUCGAAGAAGGUUAAAAUGGAUCGUUUUGGAGUCACAGCACUCCUGGUGAUAGCCUGCCUGUGGCUGGGCGUUGUCGGUCAAUAUGAGUGGCAGACGAGAGAUGCUUUCGAUGAAAUUAAAUUGAAAAUGGACAAAGUGUCAGGUGAUAACUGUGAAAUUCAGCACCUGGGGGAUCUGUUCCUCCCCGAGGGGGCAGUGUCCCACCUCCCGGACGUCAAAGACAUCAACAUAAAUCCUGUAUUUCCAAAUAGGACAGCCCUUCUUCAUCUUCAGAAUAUGGCCCUGAGCAGAUCAUUUUUCUGGAGUUAUAUACUCCAGUCGAGAUUCAUAAGGCCAGCGAUUAAUGACACUUAUGAUCCUGGAAUGAUGUACUAUUUUCUGUCAUCGGUGGCUGAUGUCUCCGCCAAUCACUACAUCAACGCAUCUGCCACGUAUUUCUCACCGAAUAUGUCGUAUACACCCAGUUAUCGAGGGUAUUUUAACAAAACUUUACUCAGAUUUGCACCGAGGACUUUUAGGUCUGAUGACUUCAAUGAUCCUGUGCAUUUUGAGAGGAUAUCCACGAGGAAUUCUUUUACUGUGAGGGACUUGGGGGCCUUUCCCUCGCACAGUCCUAGUCUUGAUUAUACUUCUGACAGUUACAGAAUUAACAAAUGGUACAGUGCAUGGUUACCUGACAAUCCCCAGAGUCGUCACGACACGAAGACGACGUACCAGAUAGAAAUUCGUUACGCGAACAACACGAACGAGACCUUCACAUUUCACGGACCACGAGGUGCUGACGAGGACCCAGGACCGAUAAGAUGGACAACCCCCUACUUCGAUUGUGGUCGGUCAAACCGUUGGUUGGUGGCUGCAGUGGUACCAAUUGUUGAUAUUUACCCUCGUCACACCGGUUUCCGUCACAUUGAGUAUCCAAGAUACACUGCUGCGACUGUCAUGGAAAUGGAUUUCGAGAGGAUUGAUAUCAAUCAGUGUCCGAAGGGAAAGGGAAAUAAUGGACCAAAUAAGUUCGCUGGGACUGCAAGAUGUAAAACAGAUACAACUGAGUGUGAACCUCUGCAUGGUUGGGGCUAUCGACGAGGUGGCUACCAGUGCAGAUGCAAGCCUGGCUUUAGGCUUCCUUCCGUCGUUAGAAGACCAUAUCUGGGGGAAAUCGUCGAGAGAGCGACAGCAGAGGAAUAUUACAACGGAUUCGAUUGCACAAAAAUAGGAUGGGUCCACAAAAUGCCGGUGCAAUGGGAAAAAGCCGAGCCCCACGUGAAAGAAAAAUACCUGGAGCAGUACUACGAGUACAAAAACGCUUCAUCGGGGCCUGACGCCCUCCAACGCGAGAAAACCAACAUCGAGGAAGCCCUGAAAUUUAUUCUAGGUGUCAACGAGAAGACCUGCAGCAAUUUCACAAAACAACAGCUGAAUCUUCAUGGAGACAUUGGCUACGGUGCUGAAGAGUUCUUUGAGAACGAAGCUAGAAUGGCCGUGCGUCUCGCCAACUUUAUCAGUGCCUUCCUGCAGAUAUCCGAUCCUCAGGAGGUGUAUUCAGGGACCAGACUGGCGGACAAACCCCUCACCGAGGAUCAGAUGAUCGGCGAAACCCUGGCGCUUCUCAUGGGAGACACGAAAAUAUGGUCUGCUGGGACUUACUGGGAUCGCAAUAAAUUCACUAACAGAACUUUCUUCGCUCCUUACGCUUAUAAAAGGGAAUUGAACUCUAGGAAAUUCAAGGUCGAGGACUUGGCACGUCUGAAUAGCACAGAGCAAGUCUACACCAACCAGCCUUGGUUCAAGGCCCUCCAGCAGAGGUGGGCAACGAAUUUCGACGAUUUAGAGAAAUAUUUUAUGAAAAUUCAUAUUCGUUACAACGAAACUGGCGACCACAGCAUGAAAUACGAGCAUUUUCCGAAUUUCUACAGGGCGGCAAACCUGGAUCACGGCCACUGGACAACUCCUUAUUUCGAUUGUAACGGCAAAGUGAAUAAAUGGGUAAUUACCUAUGCAUCUCCAUUUUUUGGCUGGGACAGCAUCAAGGCUAAACUGGAAUUCAAGGGUGUCGUUGCUGUUACCAUGAACUUGCUUCAGCUGGACAUUAACCAGUGCGACGAUCAAUUUUGGGUGCCAAAUGCGUUCAAGGGCACCCACAAAUGCGACCGAAAAACAUCAUAUUGCGUUCCACUGCUAGGAAAGGGCUUCGAAUCCGGUGGCUACAAAUGCGAGUGCAAACAGGGCUUCGAGUAUCCAUUCGAGGACCUGAUAACUUAUUAUGAUGGCCAGCUAGUGGAGAGCGAAUUCUCGAAUAUUGUUAAUGACCAGGAGACCAGAUAUGAUAUGUUCAAAUGCCGGUUAGCUGGUGCUGCCUCGGUUGGCUCCAGUAUCGUCCUAAUAAUAUCGGUUCUAGUAUUUUUCUACCAUUUCUAUCGCCGAUAGAUCGUUGAUUAAUUAGUUUAUAUUUAUGUUAUGAAUGUCUUCAGUGAGUCAUUAAUCCGUCCAGAAGCUAUUUUUUUUAAUCAGAGAAUGGUCAAUUUAUCGUAAGAUUUUACAGAAUUUUAUCAUCCAAGUUUAUAGACUAGUUUAGAUUUUAAAUACUCAGAUUUAAUUGAUGAGCAUCGAUAUUCCGUCCAUAGAUGAGUGCCUUUUGCGUUGGGAGGAUUUUUAGUCGCCCAAAGAAUCUCAUGAACUGUGUUAACUUUAUACAAACUCACGUAUUCUUCAUCAUGUGUUCAUAGAACGUGUGUUAUAACAUCGAUGCCUUAAAGUGAAGAAAGCAGUGGACCAUUUUGUAUUUUUAUGAAGAGAAAUAAACAUUUUUAAAACCGAAA